CAGCAGCGGCUUCCUGCUUUCAGAGCCUUGAAGCGAAGUUUUGACGACCGGGGGAGAUCGGAGCGGCGGAGGCAGGAACGAUGCGUGUGCCCGUGCUUGCUGCCGCGGCCACGCUGCUGGUGGUCGUGCUGGCCAAGGACCCGUUUUCUGAAGAAUGCAGAACAAAAGCAUAUCCUCCAUCGGGACCAACGUUCAAAGGAACAAUUCCAAGCUUCAUUAUCAAUCUUGAUUUGCCACCAAGAGAGAGAUGGGUCCAAGUGAUCCGUUCCAGAAAAGCAGAGCUGAUAUCCAUGCUUCAGAGUAUGAAAGACUUAGCGAAAGCAUUCAUCCAUAGUGGGAAAGUCCUGGCAGCAGUGGAAGCUAAAUUGAAUUGGUUAGGGAAUACCCUUCCCUAUCCUUUCGAUGAAGAGAUCAAAGGCAUUGCUUCUACUCUAGAGUAUUCUUUAGGUGAUGUUGUCGCAUUCAAUAUCUUCUAUGAAGUCUUCACAGUGUGCACCUCGAUAAUAGCAGAAAACACCAAUGGAACGCUGUUUCAUGCCAGAAAUCUUGAUUUUGGGCUGUUUCUUGGGUGGGAUGUACAAAAUAGUUCCUGGGAUGUAACGCAGAAACUGAAACCAUUGAUGGUGUCGCUGGAUUUUCAGAGGAACAACAAAACAGUGUUUAAGUCUUCCAGUAUUGCAGGUUAUGUGGGAAUGAUAACUGGAAUGAAACCAGGCAUUUUUACACUAACCCUGAAUGAGCGAUUCAGUCUUGAUGGAGGAUACAUUGGAGUCUUUGAGUGGGUGAUUGGCCAGAGAGAUGGUUGGUGGAUGAGUUUUCUCACUAGAUCUGUGCUGGAAAAUAACACAAGUUACGAAGCUGCAAAGGACAGACUGGCCAAUACAAAAUUACUGGCCCCGGCCUAUUUCAUAUUAGGCGGAAAUAAAUCUGAAGAAGGGUGUAUUAUUACCCGUUCUCGAGCUGCUGCCUUAGACAUUUGGAACUUGAACUUAAAGAAAGGUAUCUGGUAUGUUGUGGAGACCAAUUAUGAUCACUGGAAGGACCCGUUUAUUCUGGAUGACCGAAGACACCCUGCGAUGCGCUGCUUGAAUCAAACGAAGCAAGAGCAAAUGACGGUAUCAGCCAUGUACAACGUUCUCUCCACAAAGCCCAUCCUCAACAAGUUGACUGUGUCCACUACACUAAUGGAGGUUUCCAAAGCCCACAUAGAGACUUACCUGAGGGAUUGCCCUGAUCCCUGCAGUCCCUGGUGAGGACUGUACUUGCCCGUGGAGAAAGUUCCGUGCAUGGUGGAUGAUCAGUGGGAGGAAUAAGACAGAAGCCGUGCUUGUGCCACGCAUCUCUGUAGCCUGCAGUGCAUCAGAAGAUGAGCUCCUGGGCCUGGAUGUGUCUUAACUGCUUGCAGACCAAACAAUGGUUUGACCUUUCCCUCCUGGCAGGGCCUACUUUCCAAUGCCUGCUUUUCGUGCCUGAGAGGAAUCGGGCGUGCUUCUCCACAUGCUCUCUCAUAUUUAUCUUACUGCACAAUCCUAUGCACGUUUGCCUGGACACGAGUCCCAUGCUGCUCAGUCAGCCUGGGCUCCAGGCCUGCGUGCCAGAUCUGUCAAUGCGGUCUUCCAAAUGAAAAGCCCUCAGCCUGCUGCACUAACUCACAGUUGCCUCAGUGACCCUGCCCUUGUCCUGGCCUGAACAGUGGCUCAGUUCCUUCUCCUUUCUGUUUACACCUCAGACAAGCUAGUGCUUCAGGAAGGUACAGCCUGGUCUGGGAAGGGAGUAGGAGGUGUGGAGGAAGAAAAAAAAAGAUGGAGUGGAUGAUUUUAGGGAAAUGGGGGAUGUUUUUCCUCAUUUUUUCCCUCCUUAAGGCUUUGUGUCCCUGGAGAGGAACAGCGUGGCUCUCCUCUGUCCAGAGAAGUUGCCACAGCACGAACCAAACUGUUGGUUGUUGUGCUUUUCUUGUUUUGCUUUGAGGCCUGGGAGAACCCCUUAAGUUGCCAACUUUAAAGCUUUCUACUGUAUCUCCUGCCCUUUCUGAGAGAGAGGCGUGGUGAUGGGGUUGGCAGGAGAACGGUGGAGCUGAAUGAGAGGGAAGGACCAGUAAGCCUGCUCUGCUCCUCGGUUACAGCAAAGUACCUUCCAAUAUAAGCACACAAGUUUUUAAGGGUACAACUGUGGAUGUGCUUAGAGAGAAAAUUAUAGUUUCUUAGAGUUAAACUCUUAGAGUUUCAGAAUUCCCAACAUGCCCCAUCCCAUACAUCAAAACAUGCAUAGGAUUGUGUUUACGUUCCUUAUUCAGAUCAUGGCUGCCUAAUGUGGCACAGGAGUGGCAUAAACGGUUGUGACUUCUGGCAUUUCUGGCUGUAGCAUAAUUAAGCCACCUUAUUCUCUCCCCUCCCCACCCCAUUGUUUCUUGUUCCCUAGAGGGGAAACCAUGCCAGUUGGCUGCUAUAACUGUGUCGUGCAUUAAAGUAGUCCUAUCUCCUCCUCUGGAUUUUUCUUCUGUGGUACACUUACUUAAAUGUGGGGAGCAUUUCCUCAGAAAGAAAAUAGCUAUUUUUCCUCUUGGUCACUAAUUGGAGCUGUAAAUUUAUUGAAUGCUGCAAGCUGGUAUUAAGAGUGUCCUUUUAACAUAUUGUUGAUCACAAAUAAAAAUGGGAAAAUGGUC